AUGCCUAAAGGCCUCCCGCCGGACGCGGCCAACAUCUCCACGGUGAGGGAAUUCCUGCUGCUGGGAUUCUCGGAGGUCCGGGAGGUGCGGCUGGUCCAGGCCGCGCUGUUCCUCCUGGUCUACCUGGCGGCCCUGACGGGGAACCUCCUCGUCGUCGCCGUCACCGUCCUCGACCGGCGCCUCCGCGCCCCCAUGUACUUCUUCCUCGGGCACCUGUCCGUCCUCGACCUCUGCCUCGUCUCCGUCACCGUCCCCCAGUCCGUCCACAACGCCCUGACCGACCGUAGAUCCAUCUCCUUCCUGGGCUGUGCCGCCCAACUCUAUUUCUUCGCCUGUUUCGCUUCGCUGGAGAUCGCCCUGCUCACGGCCAUGUCCUACGACCGCUACGUGGCCAUCUGUCUCCCGCUGCGCUACGAGGUCAUCAUGGACCGAGGGGCCUGCGGGAAGAUGGCCGCCGCCUCCUGGCUCGGCGGGGUUCUCUCCGGUCUCGUGCACGCCGUCAACAUCUUCCUCUCGCCUUUUUGUGCCUCCAACGUGAUCCGCCACUUCUUCUGCGACAUCCCCCAGUUAUUAACCCUGUCCUGCUCUCCCUCCGUGGUGCCGGAGUUGGUCCUGAUAGGCGUCAGCGUCACGUUGGAUUUCGGCUGCUUCCUGUUCAUGGGGGUUUCCUAUUUCCACAUCUUCUCCACCGUGCUGAGGAUCCCCUCCGCGCAGAACAGAACCAGAGCCUUCUCCACCUGCCUGCCCCAUCUCGCUGUGAUAACCAUAUUUUUGUCCACUGGGUUUUUCUCCCACCUAAAGCCGACCUCCGACGGCCCCACGGCGCCGGACCUGCCGGUGUCCGCGUUCUACACCGUGGUGCCCCCGGCCCUCAACCCCCUCAUCUACAGCCUGAGGAACCGCGACAUAAAGGCCGCUCUGAGGAAAUUCCUUAGGGGGAAACUGUUCUGA